AUGGCUAGAGGUAACCAAAGAGAGCUUGCGAGACUUAAAAAUCUCAAGAAACAAGAAGAAGCCAAAAAAAGUCAAAAACAAGGCGAUAAGAAUAAACGCAUGGAGACGGACGCUGAGCGGAUGAGAAUAAAACAGGCAGCUGCUGAUGCUAAGAAAGAAGCUGAAAGGUUGGCCAAGUUGCAAAAGAAAUGA